AUGCGCCUGGUCACUCGGCUUCGACCGCAACUCUGCGCGCGACCCCCCUGCCUCGCUGGACGCCUACGAGGCCCAGCCCGGUUCCGAUGGCUGUCGACUUCAGCCAUUCGCCGGUGCUCGUGCGCUGAUGCGGCUAACGGCAAACCUACGGAAGCCGUCUCGAUUCCGGCCCACGACCAUCGAGCUCUCGGAACGACCCAGGAGCUAUUCACCUCAUCCGUUUACAGUCCCGGCUCGCCCCUCUUUCUGCCCAAUGGGACUCACGUCAUCAACAAGCUCAUCUCCUUCCUCCGCACCCAAUACAUGCAAUACGGCUUCCGCGAAGUCCUGACCCCAACCAUCUACAAACGUUCCUUGUGGGAAAUUUCAGGCCACUGGCAAAAUUACAAGGAUGAUAUGUAUGAAGUGACCGGUCGUGGAGCAAGUGGAGAGACAGAAGGCGAGAUUGGCGAGGACGAGUCAUACGGUCUGAAGCCGAUGAACUGUCCCGGGCACUGUCUGCUCUUCAAAUCGCAGAAUCACUCCUACCGGGAAUUGCCUGUACGAUAUGCGGAUUUCAGCCCAUUGCACCGGAACGAGGUUUCUGGAUCGUUGACCGGACUCACGCGCGUGCGCCGGUUCCAUCAAGACGACGGACACAUCUUCUGUCGUCCGCAGCAGAUCAAGUCAGAGAUCGCAUCGGCAUUGGGAUUCGUGGACAUGGCCAUGACGACCUUCGGACUGGGCCCAUACCGACUGGUACUGUCGACGCGGCCCGAAACUGACUAUAUUGGAACGCUGGACAUGUGGGACAACGCCGAGAGCCAGUUGCGGGAAGCAUUGAAUAGCACCGGACGAGAUUGGACGCUGAAUGAAGGCGACGGUGCUUUCUACGGACCGAAAAUUGACAUUCAGCUGCAAGACCAGGCCGGUAAAUAUCAUCAAUUAUCGACAAUCCAGCUGGACAUGAACCUUCCUCAGCGGUUUGGACUGGAAUACCAGGUCGCGGAGGGCGAGCCGGACUAUAACCCAGCUACGCCGGGUGUUGCCACACCCGUCCUCGUCCACCGUGCCAUCUUCGGAUCACUCGAGCGAUUCUUGGCUUUGCUCAUUGAACAUCACGGUGGCCAUUGGCCAUUCUGGCUGUCUCCUCGACAGGCAAUCGUCUUGACGGUCAACCAAGAUGACGCCGUCGUGCAGCAUGCGCAGGAUGCUGCUGACAAAUUCUCCGGAUUCAAAGUGCUCCAAAGUGGUACCGGCUCACCACGCCCGCUGUCGUCCGCCGACUCGACAUUCCUGGUUGACGUCGACACCAGCGCACAGACGCUGGGCAAGAAGAUCCAGCGGGCCAAGCAGAUGAAGUAUAAUCUGAUCUUUAUCGUGGGACCUCGCGAUGUCACCGAUGGUGGUGUGACAGUCGAUGUCACCGGGCAGAUGCAAAGCAAGACCGAUCCGGAAGCGCAGCAAUUCCAGACGUUGAUCCGUUCUCAGUUGGGAGAGAAGGCGCUGCAAAAUCCUCGAGCCGUGAAGCUUAAUGUGGAUGAGGUGCAUCCCUUGCUCGUGCAGUUUGAGAAAGUUUUUGUGUGA